UCGCUGAAACGCUCGGAAGAAUUUCUGCUGAAAGUGAUUGAAGGCUGUCAUGAAAAUCAAACAGUUAUUUCAAGAUUGUGAACAAUGGAUACAGUUUCAGUCGACGCCUUUUCUAGCCUCGAUAUAGUUCUACCCCUUUCUUUCUUGAAAGAGUCGUUGUUAGCUCACGAAUGUGAACAUUCGGAUGUUAUUCAAUGGAUUGCUAAAGGCGGAUCGUUUGAUAAUGACACUUUGACAACAAAUAUUGCAACUCAUUCUAACAGUCAAAAUGAAGGAGACGGGAGGAAAAAUAUCCUUAUAUCGGUUAAAAGUGUCAAGUUCAAUGUCAAAGAAGGUAAAAUCAUUUGCAAUUUUUCAGAAAUUACAAGAUCAAGUGACAGUGCCGUUCAGGAGGUAGCCUUAAAUAUACCAGAAAAGAAAACUAAAGCCGAGAAAUGCACUUCUACACAUGAUGAAGUCGUUGCAAGUGAACCAGCAUAUACCAACUCCAUUGAUACAAUUCCGACUACAUCAUCAGAUUUUACAGAUACACCAUCUCCAGUCAAGAGAAAGAGAGGUAGACCACGUAAAGAUGUGACUAACAAGGAAAACAAGGAUAAAGUUGCUAAAAAAUAUUCCAUUUCUCCUAGUCUUGCUGCAGUUUCGAAUGUCCCAGAUUGUGGGCGUCGCUAUGGUCUUAGGGGAGUCAAACUUUCGUCUGUGAUCAUGCGUGCUGAAAAGGGCAUAGGUGAUAAUGUGGAAGAAAAGAUUUAUCUUACUUCAUCAAUUAAAACUGAAAUAAAAACAGAAAUUGAUUCCGAAGAGACUUUAGCAUCAGAUUCUGUUUCUGCUAUAUCAGAAGAGGAAGCUAUUGUUGAACCAACAAACAACAAUAAUGUUGAUGAAGAACAAAGUAAGGACUGUGUAGAUCAUGACUGCUCAGAUAGUGAAUGGACCCAGAAGAGGAAACCAGGUAGGCCACGCAAAAAGUUCAAAGUUGACUUACCGCGAAAAGUAAGAAAGGUCAUUGAUCUGGGAGACAAUAUUCCAAUAUACAAGAGAAGACAGAGAAAUAAUGUUCUUAGUGAAUCCUGUAAGUAUUGCGCCAAAAAAUUCUGUGAUUAUACUGGUGUAGAUUGUCAUGUGCGACGUUGGCACAAGAAAGAGAAGGAUGUUGAUGAAUACUUGGACAAACUCAAAGAACUUAAAAUGGUGACGUGUCGUAUUUGUAAUACAAGCUGUCAGGAUCGUAUUCAACUUCAAAUACAUGAAAAUAGAUUUCACUUUAGAAAUGAAACAGUUAAGUGUAAAGUGUGCAACAAAAUGUAUAAAAACGUUCAAAGCCUCCGUAAUCACAUGCUUGCUGUCCACGGAGUUAAAGGCCAGCCACAUCUGUGCCAUCAUUGUCCUGCCAAAUUUAAAUGGGCAAUGACCCUCAAGCAGCACAUUGAGGAAAUACAUGAAGGUAAAAUGAAUAUAAUCUGUAAAGUGUGUAACAAAAAAUUUGCCAGAAAAUCCCAGCUGACACGACAUGAACGUAUUCAUGGGUCGGACGAAUCUAAAAGUCUUGUUUGUCCAACAUGUGGAAAGGGUUUUUGGUAUGAGUGCAAUUAUCAGAGACACAUGAGGAUAGUCCACGGACCUGUGAGGGAAAACUUUCAUUGCUCCUAUUGUGGGAAAGGGUUUAACCUGAAGAGUGCAAUGGUGAGCCAUGUUCAGAAGGUCCACCUCAAUAUCUAUCCUUUUAGAUGUCCACAAUGUAAGAUGGGAAUGGGACGACGGAAAUUACUUGAGGAGCACAUGGCUCAGGCACACAAUAUGUCUGACAUCCAGGUCCUAGGCGCCCAAAGAGGAAGAUUCAAGUAUGGACGCAACUCUGAGGAUCUGUUCUACUGUUCUCACUGUAGUCUCAGCUUCUGUUACAAAACCAAAAUGGUGGAACACAUGCAUAUAGAUCAUGGGACAGAGUUCCCGUUCAUGUGUAAGCACUGUUGUCAGGGCUUCCUGGAGAAACACUUCCUUGUCAAUCAUCUAAAGAAGGCUCAUAAUUCCACACAGGAGGAAGAAGUCCUUGCUGCCAGCAUCACCUCACAGUCGGAGGAGAAAGAGGAGGGGUCCCGUCUGGUCACGGAUAUCAAAAACAACGCCACUACAGAUCUACAGGUAGACAGCAUUGAGGUCAGCGAGUCAGGGGUGAUAAAUGCCGGGGACACUUUGGCAGAAGCAGCCUCAGUCCUGCUGGAAGUUGCCAGCGGUAACAACACUAUCCAUUACGUUCAGUUACAAGAGGAUGGGGGGACUGCUGUGGUGUCACAGGAAUUGUCCAGCCUCCUUCUGGCUGCAGAGCAGUCUCUUCAGCUGUCCGAGGCAGGUGAAGUGGAACUAAGCACAUCAGACGGUCAAACUUUGACCUACAUACCACAAGGGGUCAAUAUAGGGGUUGGUGAUCUCCAGACAGUCAGCUCCAACAUUGUCAUCGACAACGUUCACAUGGAAACAGAAGUAUGCUCAAACGAUGUAGAAAUAUCUUCUGAUAACAUUCAGUUUUCUUCCAUGGAUGUGGACAUUCCUUCCAACAAUGUUGAAAUAUCAUCCAGUGCUGAAGAUUGUUGAAUAGUAUACCGGUAGUUUGGACGUUCUAAUGGUUGACUGAAAACCUGACUGAUUCUUUUAAAAAACAUUUACGAUUAUAUGAACAAAAUUGAUACAGAAAUCUGUCAUUGUUAAAUUUCACGGUUUAGAAUAUCACUUUAUGGACAGAAAUCUUUCAUUGUUGAGCUUAAUUUCAUGGUUUAAAAUAUCACUGUAAUUUAUGGACAGAAAUUUAUGAAAGGUUUUUCCAGAGAUUUAACUUUUGGAUGUGACCAUAUUUGUUGUGAGAGUUGUGUGUUCUAUAUUAUUCAAUGUUUUAAUAUAGUAUACAGCUACAGGUAUUUGUGAAUAAAUUGUCAUAUAAAAAGCUCUACAACGUGUUCCUAACUAUAGUUAAGGACUUAAAAAUGUUCAAAGGAGAGUCAUUACCUAACUCCAGCUUCCUCGUAAUAUUGUCUUUUAUUGGAAAAAGAUAUCUGCAGAUAAAUACAACUUGAAAAAAAAUAAUCUGAAUUAGUAAAGUUUUAGAAAGGUAAACUCUGCCUGACAGAGUUAAAUCCGACCCAGACGGGCAUUUUUACCUGACAGUGGUAAAUCGGACCCAGAUGGUUAUUUUUACCUGACAGUGGUAAAUCCGACCCAAACAGGCUUUUUUUACCCAGAUGGAUGUCUGGUGUUUUAACCAAAAUGGUUGUCCUUUGGAUUCCACCAGCAUGGAUCUGUGCGUGUCCUGUUAGUUUGUGUGUAGGAGGCCUAGGUCUGACCAAAAUGGUUGUCCAAUCUACGUGUGUCCUGUUAUUUUGUGUGUAAGAGGCCUAGGUCUGACCAAAAUGGUUGUCUGAUCUACGUGUGUCCCGUUAGUUUGUGUGUAAGAGGCCUAGGUCUGACCAAAAUGGUUGUCCAAUCUGUGUGUGUCCCGUUAGUUUGUGUGUAAGAGGCCUAGGUCUGACCAAAAUGGUUGUCUGAUCUGUGUGUGUCCUGUUAGUUUGUGUGUAAGAGGCCUAGGUCUGACCAAAAUGGUUGUCCAAUCUGUGUGUGUCCUGUUAGUUUGUGUGUAAGAGGCCUAGGUCUGACCAAAAUGGUUGUCCAAUCUGUGUGUGUCCCGUUAGUUUGUGUGUAAGAGGCCUAGGUCUGACCAAAAUGGUUGUCUGAUCUGUGUGUGUCCUGUUAGUUUGUGUGUAAGAGGCCUAGGUCUGACCAAAAUGGUUGUCCAAUCUGUGUGUGUCCUGUUAGUUUGUGUGUAAGAGGCCUAGGUCUGACCAAAAUGGUUGUCCAAUCUGUGUGUGUCCUGUUAGUUUGUGUGUAAGAGGCCUAGGUCUGACCAAAAUGGUUGUCCAAUCUGUGUGUGUCCCGUUAGUUUGUGUGUAAGAGGCCUAGGUCUGACCAAAAUGGUUGUCUGAUCUGUGUGUGUCCUGUUAGUUUGUGUGUAAGAGGCCUAGGUCUGACCAAAAUGGUUGUCCAAUCUGUGUGUGUCCUGUUAGUUUGUGUGUAAGAGGCCUAGGUCUGACCAAAAUGGUUGUCUGAUCUGUGUGUGUCCUGUUAGUUUGUGUGUAAGAGGCCUAGGUCUGACCAAAAUGGUUGUCCAAUCUGUGUGUGUCCUGUUAGUUUGUGUGUAAGAGGCCUAGGUCUGACCAAAAUGGUUGUCCAAUCUGUGUGUGUCCUGUUAGUUUGUGUGUAAGAGGCCUAGGUCUGACCAAAAUGGUUGUCUGAUCUGUGUGUGUCCUGUUAGUUUGUGUGUAAGAGGCCUAGGUCUGACCAAAAUGGUUGUCCAAUCUGUGUGUGUCCUGUUAGUUUGUGUGUAAGAGGCCUAGGUCUGACCAAAAUGGUUGUCUGAUCUGUGUGUGUCCUGUUAGUUUGUGUGUAAGAGGCCUAGGUCUGACCAAAAUGGUUGUCCAAUCUACGUGUGUCCUGUUAGUUUGGUUGUAAGAGGCCUAAGUCUGACCGAAAUGAUGGUCUUAUAAGUAUUCACAUUUAACAAAGGGUCUGUUGGAAUCAGGAAAUUGGAAUUAUUUAAAACCAGCAUCACUUCCCUAUUUCAAAUUACAAUCAGUUUACAGAAUUGUACAUUUUUUUCUAUUUAUUUAUGUGUCGAUUUUAAGCAUUACUUGGCAAAUGAAUUUGAAUUCCAAGGCAGAAAGCUAUAUAUGUAUGACAGGAAGCAGUUCGGUGGUGAAUACCAAGCAUGCACUUGUCAGAUAUGUAUGUCCUGUUGGUUUUCAGUUUGAUUUGAAAUUGUGCAUUUCUUGCUAGUCCAGAACCCAUUUGUUCAAGAACAGCAUAUAUAGCUGAAUGAAUCAUUAUCUCGUACUGCCAAACUAAAGUACAGUGGUAUAAUUAAUGCUUGCCUUAAAACUACAAAUAUUUUGUGUUGAUUUUGUUUAGGCAAUUGUUUUGAAUCUGUAAGUAGUUGUUUUGAAUUUUAAUAUUUUUGAACAUAUAUACUACAGGAACAUUGUUGUUUUCAAGUUUUUCAAGGUCCAGAUGAAAUUGUAUUAAAUAUUAACUUAUUUAUAUUACUGGGUAUAGAUAUAUAUAUAGCUUACCUGAUAGACCAUGGCACUGUGUUUGUCAGCUGUUAAUUAUAACCAAGUAUUAUAAAUAUAACAACUAUUGUACAUACGUUUCCAGCGUAGCCGAAAUCGAUUUUAUGGACAAC